CACUUUUGAAUGUUUUGUGGUGUUUGUCAUGAUUUUUUUAAAAUAGAAAGAAAACAGACAAAUAACCGCUUGGAUUAUUUAUACACCAGCUGUUUGUGCUCUCAUUUGUAUGGCUUUUCACGUGACAGCCGAAUAGAUACAUCUGACAUUGUUGGCUAAAUCCAAAAGAAAAACACUUUUACGUAUAACAGAGAUAUUUCCUCAAGUAAUGACGAAUGAUGACUCCAUUUAUAGCGUUUUGAAAAAGAAGUACACUGUCGACAAGAUUAAAGAGGCACUCGAAUUUCUUGAUAAAAACCCAUUAAUACCACCAAAGUGGUUCAUCGGCAGUGCAGAGGCAAAAAACCUUGGCUUAGAUUUACUAAAUGAUGUUUACAAGCUUUCAAGAAGAAGACGUAUUAAAGAACAUACAAAAAUGGCGGUGAAAGUCAUUGUGGACAAAGAUGAAAUUCGUGAUGUUCAGUCCAAGAGCACUAUGAUUCGAACGCCAUACAUUCAAGAAGAAGACAAAUCAAAUUAUUGGAUUCCUAUUGAUGUGUUGAGCACAAUUUCAAAAAAUGAGAAAGAAAAUUGCACGAAUUCUGGCAGAUGACUUUGUUUUUCUCUUUUUUUUUGCAUUUAAUUAAUACUUUUUUCACGGCUAAUAACUUUUAUCAUUCCAUCUGUUGAAUAUCUUAAAUAUAUCUCCGAUGCAAAAUAUCUACUACUUCUGUUUUUAAGUCUUUUAAUAGUGUUCACAACCUUUAUCUUUUGAACAGGUUAAAUUACUUUAUUAUUAUCAUUGUUAGAUGUCCAGA